AUGGCGGCUCCGAAGCAUGAUCCUCUUGAGAUCUUAGACAAGAUGUUCAACGAAGUUCUGGUACAAACUGGAAAGCAUCUCAAAGCAAAUGCCAAGGAUGGCCCAAGGAACGUCAGUGCAAGCAACGCGAUACGCGCAAAGACGUCAGAUUCAAUGACGGCGUAUCACUAUGCUUUGGACGACCUUGAAAGCGAAAUUAUUAGGGCCAAGGCCGUUAUUCUGCGGGAUCUAGAGAAGCUACAUGCAGCCCGAGCUCCUGUUCCUGCUCCCGCGCCUGCUCCAGCUCCAGCUCCGCAGCCUGUGGCACCACCGGCACCAAUGAUGGAAUUGCCGUCCUCAGCGGCACAUACCAUAAGCGCCCCAGCCUUUGCUCCUAAGCAACAGCACAAACCGACAGCUCCAUUCCCCGACAUGGGUAUGGGCAUGAGCAUGUCUACUGACGUAGUUGAUCUGACGUCUAGCGACAAGAAGCCGUCGCCACGGGUCUCAGCCAGUGCUAUUAGGCCGCCAGUUAGAGCCACUCCGCCGAUAAAGAAUGAAGUGAAGCCCUCUCCAAAGCAGCUACAUAAGCCUUCGCCCAAGCUAGCUCAACCUAUUAAGGUAACUCCAGUGCCUCCGCCGCAGAUCCCCCGGCUGCAACCUCCUCAACCAUCUGCCAUGGGACCAGCGGCUACAACCCAAUCGCAGCCAACAGCACCGAGUGCCCAACCCAAUAGACAAGUCCAUACUACACCAGCAGCACAAGCCGCCCAGGACGCGACUCUGAACGCUACGCUGGUGCCUGCUAACGCCGUAGGUGGCGAUACUAAUGCGGCAGGGGGUAGCAAUGCGCUGGGUUUCACGGACAUGCAAUUCUCCCUUGCGCCAUCGAACACCGAAGCAUCGGGGGCACCUCCGGCUCCAAUGCCUGAAUUUGAUCUAACGACGUUUGCUCCGCAGGAAGGGGGUAACGACAUACCACUAAAUACCUCUAAGCUUGGUAAUACUACUGCAGGGGCCGCUGCAGGGACCAGUCAGAACAACACGGUACCCCCACAGCAGCCAAAGGAAGAAGACAAGACUGAUACAAACCUUGAUGACUUGUUCAACCUAGACAACACUAACGGCGGAACGGACAACAUGUUUGACUUGGGAGGUGGAGGUGUCAAUGAUAGUACCUUUGACGAUAUGAUGUACUUUGACAACAACAACGACGCGGAUCUAGCACAGUUCGACGAAGAAUACUUCAACUUCCAGUAA